AUGGCGGAAUUCAUCGCGGCGGAUUUCGCUUCAAGGACCGAGUCCGUCGAGGCGGCUGUACCGCGCCAGCCGUCCCUAUCCAAGGCGUCAGGAGGAGGGCAAUCGGACUUCUCAUCUGUGCUGAGCGCUUGGCGAGGUGAGCGAACAGACUCGAGCGCAAUGCUACCGGCGAUGUGUGGGCUUUCAGUAAGCUGAACGCUGGCUGUCUACAAUCUCUCCCCGCGCUUCCGAACCAGACAUUUUGCUUCCAAGCCUGACAAGUCACCUUGCAGAGCUCUCACCCAGCCUCGUGUCCACGCAGACCGAAGCUCUCAUUUCUCGCAAGAAGCUUGCGGAGCAAACACGAGAAUUUAGGAAAUUGGAAGACGAGGCCAAGAUUGAGGCUUUCAAGCCUUUGCUCAAAGCUUACCAGGCCGAGAUCGACGCGCUCACCAAUCGAGCUAGGAAAGCCGAAAACGCCUUCUUGUCCGUGGCUGAUAGGCUCAAAGGCGCGCCUGAUCCUCAUCCCUGGCUCGAACUGAUUCUAGUAAGUGUCGAGAAGGGCUGAUUGAGCCUCAUGCAUGCGCAUUGCUGUCGACCGUCAGAGCUCAGCCGGUUUACACCAAUUCUGCAGGAGCAAACGGCGUCUCUGCAAGACUUGCAGACCCUCAAGUCUCAAGUCGAGACACUCACAGCCGAAAACGAGCAAUUGAGAAGCAAAGCAUCCGUAGUAUCGUCUCUCGAAGCGGACCGAGCGCGCUUGUCAGAGAGGCUCGCAGAGGUGGAGAAGACGUCAAAGACGCGCGCAGCAGAGCAGUCCGCAGCGAUCCAGGCAAACCUAUCUGCGCGGUGGGAAGAGCGGGUAUCGAACCUGACGACUCGAGAAAGCGAUCUGUCUAGAGCGCUGGAAGUGGCACAAAGUCAACUCAAGGAGCUUCGAGCUGCUCACGCGGAAGCGACUGAGCGUCGCGUAGAUGCAUCGGACAAGUCUUCCAAGGUAGAGGAGUUGGAGAUUGCCAUGGCGCAGGAGGAUGCGCGGAGAGCCAACGAGAGAUCGGUAGAGCUAGAGAGGCGCAACGAUCGCUUGAGGGAAGAACUCGAAGCUUUGCGGCUGUCUAGAGGCGAUGAAGAGCGUCGAGCAGAUUGGGAAAGCAGGCUUCAAAGCAUCCGUGACGAGGCAGCGAGGCUCGAAGCUGCACUUGAAAAUGAGACCAAGAGAGCCGAGCGCUUGGUGGAGGAAGAGAGGCGCAAAUCGGAGGAGAAAUCAAAGGCGUUCGCUGAGAAGGUUAAGGAGGUUGAUGGACUUCGCAAGAAGCUGGAUUCGAUGGCCGAUUAUGAAGAGAUCAAAAGAGAGCUGGACAUUGUCAAGUACGUCGAAUUUGCCAGCGACGAGGCAGAAGAUGCAAACGAUGAGGAUCACGCAAAUCCAUACGAGAUCGAGACUACCAAUGCAGAGCCUGCUGCUGCAGAACCUCUGCGUGCACCAGGGGCUAAGCCGCUUGAAGCGCUACUUCUCGCCAAGAAUCGCAAAAUGUCCGACCAGAUCACUACUCUCCGAGUGCAGCAAACAAAGUAUGAGACCAUAUCUGUAGAGCUGGACAGCUCUCGCAGCGAAUUGGAGAGAUUGAAGGCGCUGAAUCGAAGAUUAGAGGAUGACUUGGUCAACGUCAACAUGAGUCGAACUAGCAACACGGCGCAGAAACCGGUCACAGCGAACGGCGAAGGGUCAACAUCGACAGUGCAGGACAAGACGAUUCCUUUCGAUGCGAGCAGCAGUGCUUCUGCACAAUCUAGCGCCAGUCUUCUGCCCAUCAUCACCAGCCAGAGAGAUCGUUUCAGAGCAAGAAACGCGGAGCUCGAAGAAGUGAGUUGGUCCCGAGUGUCCCAGGCACCUGUACAAGACUGGCAAAGCUGAGCUUUAGAUCGCGUUUGUAGGAAUUGCGGCGCACGUUCGAGUCGCUGAGCGAAGUGCGCAACGAGGUCAAGCAGCUUCAAGCCGAUAAUUUGGGUCUUUAUGAAAAGGUCAGGUACUUGCAAGCCUACUCUUCGACGACGACGGGUCAGAGCUCUCACGUCACACCCGCUGUGGCGAGCUUGCAGCGGAGGGAGGAACCGGCCGACAAGUAUAAAGCAAGGUACGAAGCCAACGUAGCCAAUCCUUUUCAAGCCUUUAGGGGAAGAGUGAGUGUCGCCCGAUUCUUGUGCCCUUUGCUGUGGGCGGCGCCUUGAACUGAUCGCGUCUCAUACCUUUGCAGGAGGGUCUGCGAGUGCUCAAUCCGUUCGAGAAAAUCUUGCAUCAGCUGCUCAGCACCCGGCGCACCCGAUUGCUGUUCAUGGUCUAUUGUGCCCUCCUUCAUCUUCUCAUCUUCUCCAUCUUAGUAUUUGAGUAA